AUGCCUGGCCUACCUGCAAGUAUCGACCUUGACGAAUGCAUCGCCCAAUUGUACAAGAAAAACCUGCUCGCAGAGUCAUUGAUCGAAGCAAUAUGCGCCAAAGCAAAGGAGAUGCUCAUGAAAGAGAGCAAUGUUGUCCACAUAUCUGCACCUGUGACAGUUGUCGGUGACAUCCACGGCCAAUUCUUCGACAUGCUGGAAAUAUUCAGGAUUGGAGGUUAUUGUCCAGAUACAAAUUAUCUCUUUCUUGGCGAUUAUGUCGAUCGAGGUCUAUUCAGCGUCGAAACCAUUUCCCUUCUCGUUUGCUUGAAACUACGAUACCCUCAGCGUGUUCAUCUCAUCCGAGGCAAUCAUGAAUCUCGUGGCGUCACGCAGUCCUACGGCUUUUACACUGAAUGCGCUCGAAAAUAUGGCAAUGCCAAUGUCUGGCACUACUUUACCGAUAUGUUCGACUUCCUCACUCUGAGCGUGGUGAUCAAUGACCAGAUCUUUUGCGUUCAUGGCGGCCUUUCUCCGUCGAUCCAUUCGAUCGACCAAAUCAAGAUUAUUGACAGAUAUCGAGAAAUACCACACGAAGGCCCUAUGGCGGAUCUGGUCUGGUCUGAUCCAGACACAGAACGCGACGAAUUUUCCCUGUCUCCCCGAGGUGCGGGAUAUACGUUUGGUGGAGACGUUGUCAAAAAGUUCCUCCAAGUCAACAGCAUGUCUCAUAUUCUCCGAGCUCACCAGCUUUGUCAGGAGGGCUAUCAGAUACUUUACGACGAUCGACUUAGCACAGUAUGGAGUGCGCCCAAUUACUGUUACCGAUGUGGCAAUCUAGCCAGUGUGCUUGAAGUCAGCGAUACAGGGGAUCGCUACUUCAACAUAUUUGAGGCCGCACCAGAGAACGAUGUGCACCGGAAUGAACAGCAGCAGCAGCAGCAACAACAGAACCAAGGGAAAGAUGGUCAAGGUUCUCAUAUCGAGUAUUUCCUCUGA